AUGGCAUUUGUCGUCAGCCCAGUUAGUCAGUACAUGCAUGUUCUCUACUCGACAAAUAUGGAAGUUGUGCUGCACAUUCUUUGCUGCUUGAAAUCUGCCCCAGGACAUGGUAUCCUUUUUUCUUUUCAUAGUCACCUUAGGGUGGAAGCUUAUACGGAUGCUGAUUGGGUAGGUUCUCUUGACGACCGUAGGUCUACUACUGGUUAUUGCACCUUGUUAGUGGUAACAUUGUUACAUGACGGAGCAAGAAGCAAGUCGUUGCCCAGUCAAAAUUUUAAUGUACCUGAGGAUCUUUCUGCAUAUGAUGGCCUGGAGCUACGACUUAAAGGUGAUGGGCGUAGGUACAAAAUCAUAGUUCGCAUCAGCCCAGAUUGGGAUACUGUUGGUUAUACAGCAGGAUUUGACACUAUAGAAGGCCAGUGGCAGUCAAUACGCCUUCCAUUUUCUUCUUUAAGGCCUAUAUUCCGAGCACGUACAGUACCAGAUGCUCUUCCCUUUGAUCCGAGCAAAAUUAUGUCAUUGCAGCUCAUGUUCAGCAAGUUUGAAUAUGAUAGGAAGCUGAACCCAACUUUUGCAGAAGGUGAAUUUCAGCUUCCAGUAUCAAACAUAAGAGCAUAUAUUCAAGACCCAAUAACUCCCAGGUUUGUACAUGUGGGUUCUGCAGGGGUUACUCGACCUGACAGGCCUGGACUUGAUUUAAGUAAACAACCUCCUGCUGUUCGCUUGAAUAAGGAACUGGGCUUUAUCCUCACAUUCAAGUUGAAGGUUCUGUACCAUCUUUGUGCUUUUUAUUUCUCCUUACAAUAUUGGACAAGUAAUCCAUAUUAGAAUGAUGUGCUCCUUGGAAGGACUCAAAAGGAGUCCCUGAAUUAUUAUUGGAAAAUCAGAUGCUUGUCUGGCAGUUACUCACAAUUGGACAUUCAGAUGCAUUUGGGAAAGGAUUCCUUGUAGAAAAUGACGCUUCACCUCUUAGAACUGACUGGAAAAUUCAAUCCAAACCUAAUCUACCUCAAUUUUGAUGUUUGGCUAGGGA